AUGUGGAAUUUUACCGUAAGAGGAGCAAUCAUCCCUGACAUAAGCGAAAUUGAAGAGCUAAUGACGUGUAAGGAAACUGCCACAAUGCCACAAACGGAUAUUUCACAAGUGGAAGCUGAAGAUCUCUUUUUAGGUAAUUACUUCACAAUAGUACAUACAUGUAAAGGCAGCUAUUUGUAAACAAUGACUAUAAUUGUAAUAAGAAAAAUAUUGGUGGGUUGUCAAUGCACAUGCUACUCUACAUAUUGGAGUUGUUUAAUUUAUCUGUUCUCGGUCACACAAAUUCAUGGUCAAUCUGUUUUUGUGGGGUUUUUUAAGAUUCCAUGCCCGAACAUAAAAAAUUAUGGGAUGACUGGCUUGAUGGUUACUAUUUGGAGCUUCUUGAUGGUAGUUUGAAUGGUAUACCGAAACCUCCAAAGCCUUUUCUGGAAAUGAGUGAGGUAGACUUGAAUUCGUGGCUUUCCAAAGUUGACUUUGGUAAACACAAAAGAGAAAGCGUUAAAAAGUUCAAGAUCAGUCUUCCUUCGAAGCAAGAACAUUGCUUAAAUAAUCAAAGUAAAAAGACGGAUGUUGUUAACCUUAGUUGUUGUUGGAGGACAAUUCAACCCUUACAGGUACUGCUGCCAUUCUUGAACAGUUUGGUAAAGAAUUUUCCAUUCCUUGUCCUGAUCAUUAUGAAAUUCCCUUUAAUAAAUUGGAAAAGAAAUAUGAUCUAAAGUCUGCCCGAUUGCAGUAUGAAUUCAUGAGGUCAGUUGAUGUGCAUAACACCGAAAUGCAAGAAAUGGAGAAACAACUACGAUUGUAUGAAAAACAGAUAGAUGCAUCUACGUAUGAUGUUAAUGACACUGAAUCUGAUACCGAUUCUGGUGAUGAUGAUGGAACAAGAUCUUCAGGAUCUGUGACUAAGAAGACUGUUCAGCAACCAAAAGAUGCAAGGUUCAAAGCUUUGUAUGAGAGAAUUUCAAUCAUGGCUCAAGACUCCAGUCACUGA